GAAAUUCCAAGGGUCCACACAUUACAACCACAUUGAGAGCUUUCAUCUUUGGGUCUGCAUCAAACCGAGCGCACACACAAUACGAGCGAGAGAUCUAAGCACAAUUCUUGCGUUUAGCGUUGGGAUUUCUACAGCAGUGAAGGAGGGAGUAAGGGAGGAGAAAACAACAUCCGAAGGGAGAGCCAGACGAGCCGGAAGGUGAGCUGGUCCAGCCCUCGGGCUGUGAUCCGCAGACGGUGGAGCUGUGCAUGCGCAGGGGGGCUACUGUUCCUGAUCUCUGUACUUCUUCGAGCAAGAUAAAGGUCGUCAGACCGGAAGUUGCAAAGUAUAUUGAAGAAUACACAAGAGAGUAUCAAAUCCAGAAAAUGCCAGCGGCUAUCUUAGCCGUGAUGAUCCUCCUGACUUGGAUCCCAUGGGUGCACCGUCACUCGUCCAAAACAUUCGUGCAGCAAAAACAUAAACGUCCAAAGAAAUGGAUCUUUAUCGGAUAUAUAAUCGAGCAAGCCCGAAAUUUCGAUAGAAUGCACGACUGGUUGCAUGAUUACCAUAAGAAAGGGUGCCUGACGUUCUCCGUGCCAAUGAUUACUAUGAACAAUACUUUCACAGUGGACCUUCGCAACGUCGAGCACAUUCUCAAAACCGCUUUCAGCAACUAUUCCAAGAUUUCGGAGGUUUAUCGUACCUUCAUCAUCCCAACCAUUCCUAAUCUCGAGAAGGACCUCCAUCCUGGCAGAUAUACCACUCUCGGGAGGCUCAGAGGUUCCUGUACUUUGUACAUCCACACAGCUGAUUCUGUACAGAUGUAAAGAACUUAUGUAGCUCUCCACCUCAUACUGCUUGAGAAUGGUUCGGUGCCCAGAAUUGAAAGUAGUAUGAUUUGGUCAUGAAUACAUUCACAAAUCUUAUCCUCUAGGUUCCAACUGUAUGCCUUAGAAAUUACAACUUAACUUUUCACUCCACUUGAAGAAAAUAAUCAUCAGAAUUGCUCUCACGCUGCUUCAUUAUAGUCUUGGAUUUGUAUGUGCUUAGGUCUCAGCUCUAGCCUCAGACCUCUCGCUAAUUCUUCCAGUGAUUCAUCAGCCGUCAUAGACGUGUCAAUUCCCUGAAGGAGUGUUACAGAACAAAUGCAAAUUCGAGGGCAAGGUGGGACGAAGCUGCAAAAUCUUGAGGACAGUUACAGAAACGAUAGACUGCUUGGUCGAUUGUACAAUAUGAUUGUACAAUCGACUGUACAAUAUGAUUGAAAAUUUAUGCUCCAUGUUAAGAGUCUCUGUAACUGAACAUCCACACGCAGUCCAG